AUGUCUUCUUCCUAUCGCUCCAUCGCACCCCUCGGUGCGCACCAGUCGCUCUCGCUUGCGGAGUCCAGCCACAACAUUGUUGACUCGAGCGCUGACAUCACCCUGGAUAUGGGCGACAACGAUGUCUACGCAGCUAGCUGCAACCCGCCGCGCCGGGCAAAACGUCUGCGGUCCGACUCUACGCUUACUGCUACCUCUGCCGCUGCGUCUUCUGCCACGACCGCCCAUGUCUAUGCCCCCCCGCCGGGAGACAACAGCCCGGGGUCCUCUGACGAAGAAGCGGAAGAGGUAGAAGCACCUCCACCGCCAGCGCCAAAGCGCCGCGGCCGCAAACCCGGGACGCAGUCGCGCGCGGUGCGUGAGGCGCAGCGCAAGAUCAAUCACUCGCUCAUUGAGAAGGCCCGCCGCACAAAAAUCAACGACGCGCUUCAGACGCUGCGCGAGCUCGUGCCGUCGAAGUAUAAGCGACAAGACGAGCCUCCCGAGGAGGAAGAGAGCGAUUACGAUGAUGACAAUCCGAAAAAGAAGGGCAAGCCGAAGCAGGAGAAGGAGUUCAAGCUCGAGGUCCUCGUUCGGACCGUUGCUUAUCUACAGGACCUCACCGAGCGGGUCAAUGUGCUUGAGCAGGGCACGUGCACGCGAUGCCACGGCUCCAUGGCUGUCAGCGUCGAUGCUGAAGCCGACAAGCGGAGUGGAAAGCGGAAAAGACGCGAAGAGGAAGAGGAGAGCGACCACGAUGAAGCCGACAACGAGCGGGAGAGCGGUGAGAGCCGUAUGGUCUCCCGCUCGACCACCAAGGAGCCGCCGACCCGUCUUCCCUCCAUCUCUUCAUGGCUCUCGCCCAUGCUCGAGCCCACUUCUGCUGCUCAGUCGUUUCCUAGCCCCCUUAUUACGCCAGGCCAAAAGCAUGUCCACCGUCGACCAUCACCCCGAGAACAGUACGCGCAGCUCCCAUCUCCACCCGUUUCCGGCACCUUCAAGGGCACUUCCUCAGGAUUCCCCGCUCCACCUGCUCUAACUCUCCCAUCCCCGCGUGCUGCCUUCCUCUCCACGACUGCGACCAGCGGUGCUCGCUUCAGUUCGUCGCUAGCGCAGCCCACAGCACCGCACUCGGGCUUAUCGGCCUACCCACCGAGCGCCACCCCCUCUUCCAGCGCCCACUCGGGUACUAGCCAGCACAGAGAAAAAGAGAACAAGGGCUCAUCGGCCUCGCCCUCGCUCUCGCCCGUCCGCACGCCGGACGACGAGACCGCCGCAUCGCAGCUGCUGCGGAUGAGCACCUCGUCGUCCCCGCCGACGCUCAAAAAGCUCCUGGCGCGGCGGGAGGAUCGCCCGUCCGCGCUCCGCGAGCCGCACCAUCAGGCGCUCACACCGGGUGCACGUUCGAUUCUUACUGUUGCGGUUAUCCGCUUGUAUGCGUUACAAGUUACUAGCAAUAAGCAGUGUAACAUUUCUCUACUGUGGCUCCUUUGCGGGCCAGUCCGAUCGGGCCUGACGGCGACAGAAACCGAAGCUGCUCCGAGCGAACAUCGGACUGUGUUAUUCUGCAGCGCCACGAUUAGCUAG